AUGCACGAACAGAGUGCCACUCCACAGUCGCAGCAUGGCGGGCCAGGAGGGGGCACACCACAACCCUCUCAGACCUCUCAGCCGCCAUCCACUCAACCUCCGCAGUCGCAGGGUCCGCCUCAAGGCCAAGCAACUCCUAAUCCUCCAUCGCAACAACUGCCGCAGUCUCAACAACCGGGUCAUCACGGGCAACCUGGUCCGCAGCCUCAGCCUCCACAGAGUUCCCAGGGCCAGCAACCGGGUCCUCAGAAUCAGCAGAUGACAACCCAGGAGGUUCAGUUGAAAGCACAACAACACCAGAAUGCUCUUUUGAUGCAGCAACAACAGCACCAGCAAAGGAAGAAUAACGCAAUUUUGACCAUCCAUGCCUACGCGGAGCAUCUGGGAAACUUCCAAUCCCGCAAUGAAACCCAAGAUCUUCUAUAUUGGCAAUCGUUCGUCGACCGUUUCUACUCCCCUGUAGGUGUGUUGCGACAGGGCGUUUGGAAUAACACAAUCGGAUCUAAACAAUUUGAAAUUGGGACACCUGCGCUGGCACGUUAUUACUUGACCCAGUUCACUAGCGGGAUUAGUCAAAUUCAGAUGGUGGUUGAAGGCGCUCGCGAGCGGGAAUCUCACAAUGGAGGGCAUUACGUGGAAGCCCCAAAAUGUUCAUUCAUUUAUUGGUUCAAGAAUGAGUGCCAGCUUUUCACUAACGGCACGUUGCGGGCGCAUUUCGAUAUGCACAACAAGCUUGAGAUGCUCGAUGUGAAUGUCGUCAGCCACAAUGAGUUUAUUCCGCGGUCUUUGUUGCUGGCCAUCGAGGCAGAUUCCCAAAAACAAAGUCCCAAGGUCUCAAAGAACUCAAAACGUAUCCAGCCUAAGCAAGCACCAUCGCUAGUGCCAGACUCCAACGUGACUGCCAAUGGCGUGCCUACUCCAGUCAUGGGAUUCAUGGAAGUCGCUGAAACUAUUUCCGCCAUGCAAAUGUUGUUCCAAUUUUCGCAAGCCAACCCGCAGCUAUCACCUCCUGACGCUUUGCGGAAUCUCGUCAACACCCUCCAGUCGCAAACCCCCAAUCCAGGCUUUGUGCCAACUCCCAUGUCCAUGAAUCAGGGUAUGAACCCAGGCAUGAAUCCAGGUAUGAACCAAGGCAUGAACCAAGGCAUGAAUCCGGCCAUGAAUCCGGCCAUGAAUCCAGGUAUGAACCAAGGCAUGAACCAAGGCAUGAAUCCGGCCAUGAACCCAGGUAUGAAUCAAGGCAUGAAUCCGGGUAUGAAUCCGGGUAUGAAUCCCGGCAUAAACCCAGGCAUGAAUCAGGGUAUGAGUCCGGGCAUGAGUCCAGGUAUGAACCCCGCUAUGAACUCAGCCAUGAAUCCGGGCAUGAAUCCAGCCAUGCACCCUGGCAUGAGUCCGGGCAUGAAUCCAGCUAUGCACCCCGGCAUGAACCCAGGCAUGCAGCCCAUGCAAAAUGUCCGGGGACAUAGCAUGGGCGCUCCGUCCCAGUUUGCCUCGCCUGCCAUGGCCCAUCUUGGUCUCCCCGGGCAGCAAGGCUCGCCUCAUCUGACUGGUUCAGCACACGCGAGCCCAGCCCAAAGCAACCUUGCCGGUCCCCCUGGAAUGCAACCACCAAUGCAGCCGUCCCCAGCCGGCGUGAACAAUAGUCCAAAUGUAGGUGGCAACAAACGUCGCCGGGCAAGCACCGUCAAAAUGGAAUCCGAGGACGGUGGUGGAGUCGAAGCUAACGGCGCUCCACAACAGGGCUCAGCGAAAGUAAAGGCUAGCCCUCGGGUGCCGAAGCGACAAAAGGGCGCCGCCGUCUAA